AUGAAAUCUGAUGUAGAUACACAUUCCACUGAUUUUGAUAAAUUAAAAUCUAAUAAUAAUGUUGACAAUUCUUUGAUUUCUAGUAAUAAUACUAUUAAAAAUGUCUACAAUGUAACCAAUGAUGAAACUAAUGAUCUAUUAACUGAUAUUGCUCGUGUUGCAUUCGAUCGUAGUCAUUCCACACCAUGUAAAACUGUUAUUAACAAUGACGAUAAAUUAUUACAACAACAACAGCAAAUAAACACUUCAACGAAUGGUCAUUAUUAUCUAAAUAAGAAAUAUUCUAAAUUAGACGUUGAUAGUAACCCUGUUAAUCAAUCUACUGCAACGAAAGAAGUAACUACAAUAUCUGACACCACUACUAAUGCUAUUGUUGACGAUGAUAUCCAAUCAUUUAAGCGUAGCUCCCUAUAUGUCACAUUUAAUAAGCGCCCAACUCCUUGUCUUUCAAGUAAACUGCCAUCGAUUGGCAGUCUGUCACAACCAAAUAAUCCAUUAAAGCGUCUUGGAACAAAGUCACCUCGAGUGAAUUCUGUCACUAAUGUUAAUCUUUCACAAGUUACUCUGCCUUCAUUACGAUCAGAGUUUGAAAAGCGUAAACGUUCAAUGUCCACUGUGACUGCUGCAGAUGUAGAUCAAAUUUCAAAAAUCCAUGAUGAUUUACCUCUAGGAACGAAAACUUGGAAAGAUUCUGGGGCAGCACGUUCUCAUGCACAUAAAAUUAAUGAUGCUGUUAACACUGAAGACAAUAUCAUUUCAUCUAGUAGUACUAAAUCUGAUCAAGAGGCUACAAUGAUUGGACGUGCAGCAGCUUUAAGACUAUCAUUAGACCAACGAAGACGAGCUAUUGAAGUAUCCAGACAACGUGAACGUCUAGCUAACACCAAAGCUGCUGCUGAAAGAAAUAAUGCAGCAUUUGUUAAACUUCUUCAAAAACAGUUCCAUCAGCGUCAAAGUAUUUCAAGUGGACAGUCUCAAUUAUCGAAUGGUGGUACAGUAUCGGAGAAUGAAAAUUCAUCUAGUUCUUUGCCUAUCAAAUUAAAAGAAUCAGAAAAAUACAAUUUUAGUUGCAUCGAUUCAGAAGGUGCUCAUUUCACAACGGAUAAAGAUGAAAUGACAGUAUCUGGUUCUAAUGUUGAACAUGCUACAGACUUAGAUGAAGAUUUCUCAAUGAAUUCUUCAUCCACAAUGCCAAAUAUUAGUGAGCCUUUACAAGAUUCUACUGUACUUAUGGAAACCAGUGAUACGAUUGGAUUGGCUGAAAAUACCACUAACAUAUUCGCAAAUGAUUCAAAAACAUCAAUCCCUCCUUGUUCUAAAUCUCCACAGAUAUAUCACGAUAGAACUCAGUCGAAUGAUCAUUCUGAUCUGACUGUCGAGCCUACUACUGCUCAUAUAAACAAUCAUUGUGAUCCGCCUUAUCAGGAAUUCGACCAAAAUGCAUCUGUAACAAAUCGGCGAUCGGGUAGUGGAGAAUCAAACUAUGCUACAUCUAAUGUUUCUUAUCCUCAUAUGAUCACUUUAGAUCCAUCCAAACCUUAUCAAACAUUACCUCAUCAGCAUAAACGUGAUUCUAAAAGACCAAAGUCUAGAUUUAGUGAAAGAGAGUCUACUCCUCAACCUGAGUUAUUUACAGAAGUUAAUUAUCACUAUGCUCCUCCUCAAUAUUCUCAAACUCAUAAAGGGUCGAGACAGCGAAGUUAUGCAGAUAAAACGUAUCCAGGAUUUCUGGCAUCAUCAGCUAGUGAUUAUAAUGAACAUGGUUUUGUUUUAGUUGAUUCAUUUCAUGGUGUUCAGUCUCCUUCUUUUAGACAUCGCCAUACCAACCAUAAAAACUAUCCUUAUGAUAUUCCUUCACAAAGUCCUGUUGAUGAGCGAGCACUUCCCCACAAACAUAUAUCUCAACGGUAUCAUCGCUCUCAUAAUGUCCCGAAUCAAAUGAUGCUCAGCAGCAGUUAUCGUGAAUGUAGCUCAAAUGAAGCAAGUUCAGAAACGGAUGAUGAUGACGAAGAUGAUUACUCCACCCGAACAUAUGAUGAUCAUUCUUACCCAUAUAUCAAUCGAAUGUCUUAUUCUGGUCGAUUCUCUCAUCGAUCAUUAUCUAGAUUGCCGAAAUCCCAUUCAAAAAACAGAUAUAGAUCGAAUGGUCGUAAAUCAUCAGAAUAUGGAUAUGAAUUAGGUGAAUCAGAGAGUAGAACUCAUUCUCCAGCUCCUUCUUACGCUUCAUCUCGCGGAGUAGUCAGUUCACGUGGACAUAAAGUUGAUAUAAAUUCAAUAGGUGGUGGAAAUAAUCGCCCAUCUGUUACAUCUGUUGUUGAUCCCGUUACAUUAGAUCAAAUUAAUCGGAAUAUGUCUGAUUUACGUUCGGAUUUUGAACGUCUUUCUAUGCAACAACAGGUGCUGUUAGCUUCAUCAUCUGCGACAACAGCAGCUGCUUUAAUGGCAAGUAGUUUUCAACAGCAACACCAACAAUAUCAACCACAACAAUCAUCAUCAACACCACUGACAAUAAGUCAAUUAUCUCAUACACAAGCAUUAUCCACAUCCAUAUCUAAUAUAUCUACAACACGUGCUACAUGGAGUGAUAGACCUAUUGUUCGUGAUUUAAUUGUACAACAUAAUGUACAUUCAUCAACAGAUAAUAAUCAUUCAGUAACAGUAGAUGAUUUCGUUGAACAUAAUCAAAUUAAUACAGAUGAACCAGUUGUUAUUAAAGCUGAUAGUCAUAAUAUGGUUGCUUUCAAUGAACCUUCCUACAGUGGUAAACCUCAAGAGUGUUCAAUGUCUGCUAAUAAUGUUACCGACUUAUCGAACUCAUCAACUGCACCAUUAAAUCCUUCACCUGUAGAAAAUAGUCAGAAACAUAUGAAGUCUCCUGUAGUCAAAGCCCCAAAUGUCAAUCCAGAAGGAAAACUUUUCUUUAUUGGCUUCGAAGAACCAGAUCCAGAGCGAAUGCAGCGUACCAAGGAUAGAUUAGAAGCUCGUCGAGCUACAGAGAGAGCUAUGGUUGCUGAACAACUGGAAGCAUUACGUACUACUGGCCGUAAAGAGAAAGAAGCAGCUGACCGUGCACAAUUUGAACGGAAACUAAAUGAGAAAGAAAGACGUGAAGCUGUACUACAAGCACAUUUAUCCAAGAAAGAAGCUGCUUUAUCACCAAGUUGUCGCACUACUAAUAAUAGUAAUAAUCCAUACCCUGUAAGGUCUGGUUCAUCAACACUUUCUAAAUCUGAAGCUAAUUUAUCUUCAACUGUUCCUAAACAUAGUUCAACUAAACGAUUAUCCGCUACUCCUAAACGUGACAGAAAUGGAUUGGUCGCUGCUUCAUUGGACGACUUUCCAUCAUCAAAACCUAAUUCUCGUUUGAAUUCUGCUAAAUCUAAACCACAUCCAUCGGCCAUUACACGUGGUAGUGGUGAUGGUGAAGCUGUGGAACCAAAUACUGAACCUGACUGUGAUAGCUCUUCUUUCCGUGAGACAAAAGCUCGUGUAACUCAUAAUCGUCCUGUCAAUGGUAGGUCUGUUGUUAAUAAUCUGGCUGGUCGUAAUCCACUUCCUCCUGGAAUUAGUUUGUCAUCAUUACAUCGACUUGGCGCUUUAGAAUCUCCAUCUAGUGGCCCUGGUGUACCCGUUCAAUGUUUAAAUCAGCCACGUUUAUUUGUGAAACCCAAAGCGAAAUCCAAUCGAACUGUAGUAGUUAAUGCAAUUAGUCACUGUUGUUUAGCUGGAACUGUCAAUGAACCAACCAAACAGCUUGCUCUUAAAGAGUUGGCUGCCACUGAAGGUACACAUUUUAUGAUAUUGUUUCGUGAUUCUCGAUGUCAGUAUCGAGCUGUGUAUUCCUUCGAUUUAGAAUCAGAAGAAUUAAAAAUUAUUUGUGGCAAUGGGCCAAGACGAAUUACACACGAAAUGGUCAAUCGAUUUUUUAAAUAUAAUAGUGGUUCAAAACAGUUCACUGAAAUCACUUCUACAAAACAUUUAAGUCCUGUUGUAGACGCUAUAACAAUUCAUGAUGCUCUGUGGAGUAAAUCAUCCGGUGGCGGUACACAUACAAUUUUAUCAAGUCAUUGUACCUGA